GGGUGGAUCAAAGAGGUUGAGUGCUGCUGAUACUGGGGAGCUGCAGUUCGUUGAGAGAAACAUGGAUUCUGAAACAUGAUGCCCUCCGUUCAGAAACCAACAUAAAAACGACCCCAAACACACAGCUAAGAUGAUAACUGCCUUGCUGAAGGUGAAGGUGAUGGAGUGGCCAAGUAUGUCACCAGACCUGAACCUUAUUAAGCACCUGUGGGGCAUGCUCAAGUGGAAGCUGGAGAAGCUCCAUGUGUCUAACAUCCAGCAGCUCCAUAAUGUCAUGAAGAAGAUCCCAGCAACAUCCUGUGCAGCUCUGGUGAAUUCAGAUCACCAGAAGCUGGAACGAGAGGCCCGAAUCUGUCGUCUCCUCAAACACCCCAAUAUUGUUCGACUACAUGACAGUAUUGCAGAAGAAGGUUUUCAUUACCUGGUCUUUGACCUUGUGACUGGAGGGGAGCUGUUUGAAGACAUCGUUGCCAGAGAGUAUUACAGUGAGGCUGAUGCGAGCCAGUGCAUCAAUCAGAUUCUCGAGAGCGUCAAUCAUAUUCACCAGCAUGACAUUGUGCACAGAGACCUUAAGCCUGAGAACCUACUGUUGGCCAGUAAGAUGAAGGGAGCAGCAGUGAAGUUGGCUGACUUUGGACUGGCGAUUGAGGUACAGGGAGACCAGCAGGCAUGGUUUGGAUUUGCAGGCACUCCUGGCUAUUUAUCUCCAGAAGUCCUGAGGAAGGACCCUUAUGGUAAACCUGUAGACAUUUGGGCCUGUGGAGUUAUUCUCUAUAUUCUCCUUGUGGGAUAUCCUCCUUUCUGGGAUGAAGAUCAGCAUAAGCUGUACCAGCAAAUCAAGGCUGGUGCUUAUGAUUUUCCCUCUCCUGAGUGGGACACUGUCACCCCAGAGGCCAAGAACCUCAUCAACCAGAUGCUGACCAUUAACCCAGCCAAGAGGAUCACCGCCGAGCAGGCCCUCAAGCACCCAUGGGUCUGCCAACGGUCUACAGUAGCCUCAAUGAUGCAUCGGCAAGAGACUGUGGAGUGCCUGCGCAAGUUCAAUGCCAGGAGAAAACUGAAGGGAGCCAUUCUCACCACUAUGCUGGUUUCCAGAAACUUUUCAGUGGGCCGGCAGCAUACCAGCCCUGCUGCUCCCACCACCAGCACUGCCGCGCUUGCACAGGAAGCAUGCAAAAGUUUACUCAACAAAAAAUCAGAUGGUGUUAAGCCCCAGACAAACAACACUAAAAACAGUGUAGUGAGUGCUGUAGUGAGUGCCAUGAAGGAGAGCAACAUGGCCUCCUCCACACCAAUGGAGCCACAGACUACAGUAGUGCACAACCCAGCAGAUGGUACCAAGGGUUCCACAGAGAGCUGCAACACUAAUGAGGAAGAGGAUAUGAAAGGUAGGAAAGCGGAGAGUGCUCAGGGGGCCAGCAGUGACAGUGCGGUGAUGAGUCAGUGCAGUGCCGGGGACGAGCCGCCCGCUUUGGUGGCAUCACCACAGUGUCCACCAGCCACUGUGGUGCAUGAGAUAAAGCGCAUGGCGUGGAACAGUUCAGGACAUACCUCGUGCCCAGAGUUAGAGUGUGCUGAGUCGGUUCCUCAUGCCUCAGCUCAAGGGGGCAGGAGUGUGACCGCAGCCCAGUCUCGUAAGCAAGAGAUUAUCAAGAUCACUGAGCAGCUAAUCGAGGCAGUGAACAAUGGAGACUUUGAGGCUUACACGAGAAUCUGUGACCCUGGCUUGACUUCAUUUGAACCUGAAGCUCUGGGUAACCUGGUGGAAGGGAUGGAUUUCCACAAGUUUUACUUUGAGAACUUGUUAAGUAAAAACAAUAAGCCAGUGCACACCACUAUCCUGAACCCUCAUGUGCACCUGAUUGGAGAGGAUGCAGCGUGUAUCGCCUACAUCCGCCUGACGCAGUACAUUGACAGUCAGGGCCGUCCGCGCACCUGCCAGUCGGAGGAGACGCGUGUGUGGCACCGGCGCGAUGCCAAGUGGCUCAAUGUGCACUUCCACUGCUCAGGAGCACCAGCUGCACCCUUACAGUGAAGCCUGCAGGGCACAGGUUGCCUGGAUUCCUAACGAUGGGAGUGUUUGUUCCUUGUAGCCGGAUGGGCAUGUAGAGGCCGGAUGGACGACAGCAAGUUACAGACACGCUAUUGAAGAAAUCCGAUAACAUCAAGUCCAACUGUCAACACCACCUUACCUGUCCAACCUUCGACCACUAGGAUCCGGCUGUGGCUGUGGCCCCGCCCACGGGACGGUGCAUGCUAUGAUGCCCACACGGGGGCGCUGUCUAGUCUUUUCCCAUGGAAUCAUCUUUUUUUGCCCAUUAAAGAUAUCCAGAGGUGUUGUAAGUACUGAUCUAUGAGUUCAUAACCUUUUACUGUAUAUUGUAAAAAAAAAAAAAUUACACAAAAAAAAAAAAAAUUUGCUAGAAGCUACAGUGGAGUUUGUAAGGCUUUGAUAUGUAAGUAAAAUGCAACUGGGGUGUAAAGGGAAGGGUUGGCACAAGAUUAAAAGUUUAAAUAGGUGUAAUCUAAAUCCUCCAACUCGUACACUGUGUAGAGUCAGGAUACAAAUAAUUUAGAGACUUACAGAAACAUGUCCACUAAUGGAAAUUCGCGGAUAAGCAUACUUCAUAUCAAGAAGCACCAAAGUGUAGUCUUUAGGCAUUUUCCUUUUUGUUUGUUUUGUUUCUUGUGCUUUUAAACUAAGGUCUGUGGGAAGCUUUGUGUGGUUCUGGGUUUUAGUAUUCUGUGCUAUUGUGUUUUUAUGUGAAACUUGUUCCUUUUUUUUUUUGUCUAUGAUUAUCAGAAAGUAUUUUGUGUUAAGCAGUUAAUUUUUAUGGUUAGUUUUAAAAACCUUUUUACCAUCAUACACCUGUAAGAUAUACAAAUAUAUAUUUAAAUGAGAUCAAGUGAAAUAAGUUUCACCAUCAAAGCUGCAGCAAAUGAUUAGACUCUGUUUAAUGUGUGUUUAUGUGCAUGUGUUUGUAUGGACAUGUGAUUAAACACACCACUGAUAUUACUGUAGGUAGGACCACUCCACCUCUAAAUGUGUGCAUAUUGGAGAGUGUUUGAGCCCAUGUGAACAGACAAGAGUGCUGUAGGAAUGGCACAAGAUGCUAGAUGUAGAGCCGCCAUUUAAAUUUCACUUCAGUCAUGGUUACAGAGACCUACAUACGCAGCCAAAGGGGAACACACACAUACUCAUGCUGAUUAAAAACCCACUGUAAUUUUAGUGUGCAGAGAGAUAACUAGCCUGUUCGUGUCAACCUGGCACAAAGGACAUCCAUAGGUUAAUGAAGGGUCGUAUGUGGGUGUGGAAACAACUCGUGUCCAAUUAUAUUUUGUACAUGCACACAAUCACACCCUUAUUUGUGACUGUUCUUUUUAUGUUAGUCUGCCUGCACCCUGUGCUACACAACUUUGUACUUGUGGCUAAUGCUGUUUGUGUUUGUCCACUCGCUUCUUAAUGCUGCGUUGCACACGCUUCCCUUUUAAUCCCUAAAGCAUUUCCUUGGAGUCCAAUGUAUAUAGUACAAAUACAGGGUUUUAAGGCACUGGCUGUUAUAAACUAUUGCAGCACAACUGGAUCUUGGGGACAGGCAUUACUUACACAAAAAAAAAGCGUUCCUUUUUACUUGUCCAGUUCACACACUAGAUCUGAGUAGGAUGUUAUUAAACAGCUGUGUGUUGUAAAGUUUUCUGAAACAAAUCCAUCCCAUGAGCCCACUUGCUGUUUGGGAAUUUUCUAUGAUUGAAGAGUUUUCAGUCUGUGUAUAUACAUGUGUAGGGCAUUGGUACAUAUCAGCACUGUAACUCUGCACGUGUGAGCGUGUAUGUGCGUCACCUUCAUCACAUAGCCCUCUUAGUGACGCUUGUUUGGUUUUUGUUUUGGUUUGGUUUUUUGGGGGGGAUUGCUUCCUUGCUUGGGCAAGUCAGAUUUUUUUUGUAUUAAUUAUGGUAAGUUUUUUUUUUUUUUUUUUAAACAGUUGUAAGGCUAUUUUUCUGUACAUUGUCAGUUGUGUUAACUCUGAACCUGAAAAGAAAAUGGAUCAAAGAAAAAAAGGGAGAACAUUUAAUGAUAGAUAGGCUAGAUAGAUUUCUAGAACAGAGGUUCCUCCUGCUAAAGCUGGGAACAAACCAUGAGCCAGCACCUGACUGGCUUUCCUACCCAAUCCAAGGCAAGUCCAAAAUAUGCAGCUUAAUUAAUGAUUAUGCAUGUUCUCUUUUCUUGGUGAAUCUUUUCUCCACCGUGUGAUUAAAAUGGGGAAAAUUUGUUCUUGUUGCAUCUCACAUGAAAAUCCCUCCAUCUGGAGACAAGGAAUAGGUCAUGUACCAUAUUGAAAAAAGAAAAAAAAAAAAAAAGCAAGAAAAAAAGGAAUCAACAACUCAGCUUUGUAUGCUCCCCUCAUUCUGAGUAAAUCUAUUGCAUUGUAAUGGUAUACUAUUGGGCUACGUAUAUGAAUGCUGGAUUUUGCAUGAUCAUACAUUUAAUAAAACCAUGAACUGACA